GGAAGUCACGUGACGCGACUAGGAGCGCUGUCAUGUGAUGGUCCCUGCGUUUGCAACGAAGCUCCUCACAGCCAACAAACAAAAUAAUAAAAACCUCGCAGGAGACGAAAAACUCCCACAGAAGAGAGACUGAACCUGCUGGACGUGUAUCAUGGGGUGCUGUUUCAGCAGCGAUAGCGAAACGUCGGAGCAGAAGAAUGACGAGGUGAGGCCAUUGAUUCCUGACCCAAACCUUGACCGAAAGCCCACCAAUGGCUCGGAGCGAAACGCAGACAGCCUCUCGUCCAACCGCACAGACGAGCAGGCCUUGCUCACAGUCAUCCUGCAGCGCACAGCCCUGAACAUAAUUGACGUGUCGGCUGUGGAUUCUCAAGGCAUGGAGCAACAUGAAUACAUGGACAAAGCCAGACAGUACAGCACAAAGCUGGAGGUGUUGAGCAGAACGCUGUCUCAGAAGAAGCCGGUUCCUCUCCCGUCAUUGACCAGCCAACCUCAUCAGGUGCUCGCCGCUGACCUGGUGCCCUACGCAGAUGUACAGCAGGUCUCAAAGAUCGCUGCGUACGCCUACAGCGCCAUCUCACAAAUCAAAGUAGAUGCCAAGGAAGAGCUGGUGGUGCAGUUUGCUAUACCAUGAUUCCAAAAAAUGGACCCUGUCCUCCCCACACUCUCUGUUUCUGUCCCUCUUUCUGGCCCUUUUCACUCCUCUGUUCUCCUUCCAAACUUCCUGAUAUGCAGACGCCCAUGUCUUUGUUCUCUGAAUGUCAUGCAGAUAAACACAAUUCACCCCAACCAGAGCUCUUUGUGUAAAUCCGUCACCCGAGACCCUUCAGGGCCGCAGCACAGAUCCGAGAGGGCGAGACCGUCUGAUCCCAGCGGUUUGAUCAGUUACCGGUAGAUCUUCAGGUGUGUUCAUGCAUUAAUCAACACAAAUGUAGAAUUCGACAGUCGUGUCAAGCUGCUAAGAUUGCAUAUUUUAGUUUUAUUUGUUCUUCUUGUUGCUUUUUCAGACAUUGUUAAACCAAUAGCACAUCCAGGCUUCACAAUUAUUCUUAUACUUGUACUAGUUUUACUCAGUUCGGCUGGGUCGUCUUAACACACAUGCUUGGUCUGUAGGGAUCUGAUAUCACUGUGGUUUAGAGUUCAUUAUUCCUAAUUAAAUCCCAUAAAUGUAUGAACUGUGUCAAGGAUGCUGAUGAAUAUGGGCAACAUGCAUAAAUAACACGUCUAUCUAACCAGAGUAACACGCGUAACCCUUUUAAUUGAAUUCUUCAUUGGAAGCAGAACGCUCUUGUUUUAUGUGAAUGAUUUUCUUGAAAGUCAAUCAAAUUGAUCCCCGGUUGGUUUAAAUUUGAGUCUAUUACGGUUACCUACUCAAAGUAUGGGAUGUCCUGCAACUUUACACCUUGUUAAUUAGCAUUUUUAACUAGUUAGCAUCAUUUUUCUCCAUUUUGCCAAGUCUUGGCGGAGUGUAAAUAAAACAGAACAAGUGACGUGCCGCAUGUCAUAUCAAUAACACUGGUUAAUUUGCGGCGAGGUUUCGAAUCCUUUAAAGCGGCUCUUCUGUGACUGAAGGGAAAGGAGACUGGGUUUCUUUUACUGUCAGAAACUGCGGCCGCUGGUUAAACCGAGGCCCGUCUAACAAAUGAACAUACUGUCGUAUCAGAGAGUUUUGGAUGGGGCGGCGGGAUUGAAUGGUUGCGGUGGGACGGCAGUCUGUAAAUUACGUUUUUUUUGUCAAUGCCUUUACUGUACAAAGUGUAAAAUGAUUCAAGAAGAAUGAUUAGCGGGAAGCGUAAACUGCUCUACGGCGCCCCCUGGCUGCAUUAUGCCUUAGUUGUAAGGCUUCUCGAUCAGUGGCUUGUUUUUUAGCUAAGCAAACAGGGACACUUUUACCUUGCCUGUUCCACUUUUAAUGUAAUUAAAAAAAUUAAACGUAUAUUAUGCAGUUGCUUUAACACAGUCAAACUAUUUUGUUUUGGUUUUUUGUGCCGAUAAUCGAGGAAAGCACUUGUGAACUGCCAUUCUUCUUGACCGAGUUUGAAAUGCCACACGGUAUGUUUGUGUAAUUAUUUAUUUUUGAUUUUAUGUAUUUUUGCACGCAUACAGACCGUGUGGCACCAUUGGCGCUCUAGAUCGGCACAUUUCUCAUUCUUUUAGGUUUUUAAAGGGAUAAAAUACGCUGCAAGACUCAAGAUGGCUUGUUUUUUGUUUUUUUUGUUGCCGUGAACUAAUAAGUGUUCAAGUUUGUUUGUUAUCCUAAAUGUGGAAUACUACCUGAUUUACAGAGAUCUCGUUUCUUAGGCUAGUACCAAAAAUUUAAUCUCAAUAUUCUGUUAAUACUGUUUUGUUGAAUGAAAUUAUGCAUUAAAGACUUUCAAAACUGUA